CUUUCAUUCUAUUUACAUUGUGCACCGAGUGGCGCGUGCGCUCUUGCAAGUUGCAGGCUUCGGUUGCGAGUUGGGCUUCCUAAGAUUCUCGUCUGGCUACAUUAUCCUUUGUCCAGAGAUUUUGAUAUCAAGGUUGCAGCACACAACAAGAUGUCUACCCCAGAACCUAUCCCUAACCCGGAGGUGAAAUAUACACAGAUAUUCAUCAAUAAUGAAUGGGUAAAUUCUGUCAGUGGGAAGACUUUCCCCACUAUCAACCCGUAUACAGGGGAGAAGAUAUGUGAUGUCCAGGAGGGAGACAAGGCUGAUAUUGAUGUAGCAGUGAAAGCGGCCCGAGAAGCUUUUGCACUUGGUUCUCCGUGGAGACGCAUGGAUGCUUCAAAGAGAGGGUUACUUCUCAACAAAUUUGCUGACUUGAUGAUGAGGGACAGGGUCUACCUAGCAGUGAGUUAUUUCAGUGAAUUUUCAAUAUUUGAAAAAGCACCUGUAUGA